AAAACCCCCGAUCAGAUCGUCUAGAUCAGAAACUUCACAGCGACACAGUAUCGGUUUGAAAAUGAGACUUUCCGUCCUUUUUCUCGUUGCGAUCUCUAUGGCGUUGGCCGGGAGUGUUACCAUAAAGAGCUUGGUGUUUCCCGCUCAGACGAGCACCAGUUACACGGAGCUGGUCCCUCUGAGGCCCUUGAACGUGAACGCCUUCACCCUGUGCAUGCGUGUGGCCACGGAGGACAGCUCACAGCGAGACAUGAUUCUGUUCGCUUAUAGGACCGAAAGCACUGAUGAGCUGAACGUGUGGCGGGAAGUGGGCGACUGGUUGUCAUUGUACCUGACUUCAAGUGGAGAUGGUGUUUAUUUCAAAGUCCCUGUGCUCGGGGCCCUGGAGACUCACCUGUGUGUCACCUGGGACGCCAGUUCAGGUGCGGUUGCCCUCUUCCUGAAUGGGAGGAAAAGCUUGUUCAAAAUCUACAGGAAGGGUCACGUUCUCCAAUCUGGAGGCAGGGUCAUCCUCGGACAAGAUCUAGACAGUAUGUCGGGGGAUUUUGAUGCCAGUCAGAGUUUUGUCGGGGAGAUCUCUGAUGUGAACAUGUGGGACUCUGUCCUCUCAGCCAGCACCAUCCAAGACCUGUACUCCGGGAUGAGAGCACCAAGAGGAAACAUCUUCGACUGGGAAACAGCUGUGUUUGACGUGUAUGGGCAGGUAGAGGUUGUUUCUCGUGAGCUGUAGAUUUAAUGCUCACACACAAACAUGCAGGAAUAAUGUGGGAAAUGUAGCUACAACUGUGAAGUCACAGCCAUGAAUUCAUUUCUUACUUCAAAUUAAAGUCCUGCUGUAAUUCUUCAGUCCAAUAAAACUUGCAUUGAUGA